CACAAACUUUUUCAACAAAAACAAAGGAUCAAAAGCAAAAAUUUUAUUUUAAAGAAAAAGUUAAAUUUAAUUGAAUUAAAUACAAAAAAUGGUCUUAUCCGCAAGUAAUUUACGUUCUCAACUUGUUGCAUUAACCAGUUUCUCUGGUACUCACAAAGAACAAGCAGAUAGAUACCGGCAAUUGUUGGAAGCCCUUCUUACCAAUACUGGCAGUGAACUUAUUGAUACUUUAAAACUAUUUGUCGAAGCCAUUGUAAACGAACACGUGAGUCUUGUAAUCUCAAGACAAAUCCUUACCGAUGUCGGUGUUCAAUUGUCGAAACUUCCCGACGAUAUAUCCAAAGUUGUUUCUCAUUUCACACUUGAUAAAGUCCAACCAAGAGUUAUAUCGUUCGAGGAACAAGUUGCCGGCAUUCGUCAACAUUUGGCCGAUAUUUAUGAAAGGAAUCAAAAUUGGCGUGAAGCUGCCAAUGUUCUGGUUGGCAUUCCCUUGGAAACUGGACAAAAACAAUAUACGGUGGAUUAUAAGUUAGAGACUUAUUUGAAAAUUGCUCGACUUUAUUUGGAGGAUGAUGAUCCCAUUCAAGCUGAAGCAUUUAUUAAUCGGGCAUCUCUUCUCCAGGCAGAGACACAAAGUGAGGAACUUCAAGUCUUGUAUAAAGUCUGCUAUGCAAGAGUCUUGGAUUACAGAAGAAAAUUCAUUGAAGCUGCUCAACGUUACAACGAACUCUCUUACCGCUCCAUCGUUGAAGAAGGAGAACGCAUGACUGCUCUCAAAAAGGCCCUAAUCUGCACUGUCCUGGCCUCAGCUGGUCAACAAAGAUCUCGAAUGUUGGCCACACUUUUCAAAGACGAACGUUGCCAACACCUCCCAGCCUAUUCGAUUUUGGAAAAAAUGUACUUGGAUCGGAUUAUUCGUCGAUCUGAGUUGCAGGAAUUUGAAGCUUUAUUGCAAUUGCAUCAAAAGGCAAGCACUUUAGAUGGUUCAUCAAUCCUAGAUCGCGCUGUUUUUGAACACAAUUUAUUGUCGGCCAGCAAGUUGUAUAAUAAUAUUACAUUCGAAGAACUUGGUGCACUUUUAGAAAUUCCUGCUGCCAAAGCUGAGGGUAUUGCUAGCCAGAUGAUAACUGAGGGUCGUAUGAAUGGGCAUAUUGAUCAAAUUGCUGGAAUUGUUCAUUUUGAAAACCGUGAAGUCCUUCCAUUAUGGGAUAGACAAAUUCAAUCACUUUGCUAUCAGGUUAAUUCGAUUAUUGAAAAAAUUGCAGCUGCCGAACCUGAAUGGAUGGCCAAGACCCUAGAUGGAGUCAACUGAUUUAAAUAUUUAGAUUUUUGUGAAUUAUUAAUAUAACAUUUUAAAAUUAAAUAAAAAGAAACUAUUUGAAAUAGAAA